GGAGGGAGAAGGGAAGGUUAAUUAAAGGAGGAUGAAGGAAACGAACCCUUGGAAUUGGAACUGGCAUGUGCGGCCGCCAUAUCGACUACUAAUUGAUAAAAUUCUAUUAUUGAAGAUCUUGGAGUGGUUCGUAGCAGAACAAUGCAGAGUGGUCCGACCGCUUUCAAGCAAAGCGAAAAGGUGAAAUCAUGAAUGGCGUCAGUCCCGGCAGUGCGACCCCGCCUUUCGGGGAAGGCGGGCCCCGUGAUUGGUCCUUGCAUUGGGCUGGCCAGAGUUCGAGUUGGUCCAUCGCUUUUGUUUUCUGGCGAGAAUUUGCAGUUUGGGGAACGGUUCACGUUUCCACCAUUGUGUGGUGGCUGAUCUGCGUUGGGAAGUCACUUAUCAUGGCCCCAGAUUGGUUGUUUGACUGGCCGGUUUCUUGCUGGUGUGUACAUUGUGAUGGGAGAGUUGGGUCAUUGAUCUACAUACUCCAGUUCAAGGCUGUAACGCUACUAGCAAGGAUUACUGGAGUCGUGUGAUCUGAUCUCAGGAUGUGUAUCUCUCAUUAUUUGGGUCACAUACUUUGUAGUCCAAAGUAUGUUCUCACAUCUGCAAUUGUUCGCAUUCUGUACUGUGAAAUACUGACUAAGCAGUUGGGAGUGUGGGGUGAUCUCCAAGC